CGAAAUCAGAACUCAUUCGCCACAAACGCACCGUGGUGAUCAGACGUGAAAGCAGUUAAGAUGAAGAUCCUUCUCGCGUUCGUUGGAGCCUUGGCUCUGGCGGUGGCCAACCCACCCCCAAAUCAGGGCAAAGUCAUCUGUUACUAUGACAGCAAGAGCUAUGUACGAGAAUUUGAAGGAUGCAUUUAUCCAGCUCAAGCCCGCAUGCUGCCUCUCGACCUGGACCCAGCUCUGUCCUUCUGCACCCACUUGGUCUAUGGCUAUGCCGGAAUCCAGCCAGACACUUACAAGAUGGUUUCCCUCAACGAGAACCUGGAUGUGGACCGCGCCCACGCUAACUACAGGGCUAUCACCAACUUCAAGACCAAGUACCCUGGCUUGAAGGUUCUGUUGUCCGUUGGAGGCGAUGCUGAUAAUGAAGAGGCUCAGAAAUACAAUCUUUUGUUGGAGUCCCCGCAAGCACGUACAGCAUUUGUGAAUUCUGGAGUGCUUCUGGCUGAGCAGCACGGUUUCGACGGUGUCGAUCUAGCUUGGCAAUUCCCCAGGAUUAAGCCCAAGAAGAUACGCUCCACCUUCGGUUCCAUUUGGCACGGUAUCAAGAAGACCUUCGGCACUACCCCCGUGGACGAAAAAGAGGCUGAACACCGAGAAGGUUUCACCGCUCUGGUGCGCGAAAUGAAGCAAGCCCUCAGCCUGAAGCCCAAUAUGCAACUGUCCGUCUCUGUUUUGCCAAAUGUCAACGCUUCAAUCUACUACGACGUCCCAGCUAUUAUCAACUUGGUUGAUAUCGUGAACCUCCACGCGUACGACUACUUCACACCAGCCAGGAACCCCAAGGAGGCUGACUACGCCGCUCCCACCUACAAGCCACAGAACCGCAAUGAGCUGUCGAACGUUGAUGCCGCUAUUUCAUACUGGCUCACCGCUGGAGCCCCAAGCAACAAGAUCGUUGUCGGUAUUGCAACAUUCGCCCGUACAUGGAAACUGGAUUCUGACAGCGAAAUUUCUGGAGUGCCUCCAAUUCACACUGAUGGACCUGGUGAAGCUGGCCCUUACACCAAGACCGAAGGUCUUCUAAGCUACCCAGAAGUUUGCGCUAAGCUGAUCAAUCCUAACCACCAAAAGGGCAUGCGUCCCCAUUUAAGGAAGGUCACUGACCCGAGCAAACGUUUCGGCACCUACGCUUUCCGCCUUCCCGACGACAACGGUGACCCAGGCUUGUGGGUUAGCUACGAGGACCCCGACACGGCUGGCCAGAAAGCUAGCUACGUGAAAUCUAAAAACCUCGGUGGAGUGUCCAUUGUUGACCUAUCUAUGGAUGACUUCCGUGGUCUUUGCACUGGAGACAAGUACCCCAUUCUCCGUGCUGCUAAAUACCGCCUUUAAAAUUGACUCAUUGUAUUUGUAAUUAAGAUAAUACGAGCUGGAAAAUGUAAUGUUAUAAUCUGUGUUACACUCUAGUAUAUAAGCGUUCCUCGAUGACGUGUUACUAAAAUUAUUAAGAAUAUAGAAAUCUUCGACUUAUCGUAUUGAGGUAGAUCAAUUAAAGUAAGCUUACUAUUUAAAAAACCUAUUGCAACCUUGUAUUAUCGUCACUAUAAACAAUAUAAAAAUAAGAUCACCUAUGGAAUCUUAUAAUAAAAAUAGUCAAAGUGCAUUGACAUAUUCUCGUGAUUUUUAUAAGUGAAAACGCUUUAAAAAGUAAUAAAUGUUGUGUACCUAG